AUGGUACAUGAUCAUGGUUUCAUCCAUGAGAAGGGCAACAAUAAGGCUAUCGUUGAGUUUGAUUUUGAGCAAGCCCUUCUAAAAUUCAAGCAAGAUCUUAAAGACCCUUCCAACCGGUUGUCCUCUUGGGCUAGUGACGACUGUUGUCAAUGGUCCGGAGUUGUCUGCGACAACUUCACUGGCCAUAUCCAUGAGAUCCACCUUCCUUCUAAUUAUAGUGCUGCUGAUUGUCAUUAUAAUGGAAAUUAUUCUGAAUAUGAAGCUUGCUGGCGUUAUCACAAGUUAGAAGGAAAAAUAAAUCCUUCUUUGCUCGAUUUGAAGCACCUCCGUCAUCUGGACUUUAGCGGGAAUUAUUUUGGAGGGAUUCGCAUUCCUAGUUUCGUUGGCUCUAUUGGAAGUCUGAGGUACCUCAACCUGUCUAAUGCCGGAUUCAGCGGAGCCAUUCCUCAUCAACUAGGAAAUCUCACCAUGAUGCGUUAUCUGGACUUGAGCUGGAAUUAUCUUUUUCUUCAAGGUACUUUUCCUGAAACUGAACUACUACAGUUAAGUGGUGAUAAUUUACACUGGGUUUCAGGUCUUCUUUCAUUACAACACCUUGAUAUGUCAUUUGUAAACCUUAGCAAAGCAGUGGAUUGGGUAGAGGUGAUAAGCACGCUUCCUUCUUUGGUAGAAUUACACUUGGGUGGUUCUGAUCUCAAAUAUUCUUCUCCUUCAACUACCAUUAACUUUACAUCACUACAUAUCCUCGACCUUUCUUAUAACAAUUUUGCAUCGUCUAUACCUAAGUGGAUUUUUAGUUCGAAUCAUCUAGUUUCCCUAGAUAUCAGUUCAUGUAACUUUUAUGGCCCAAUUCCCAAUGGUAUUCAAAACAUGACUUCUCUCAAGGAGUUUCAUGCUUCUAGAAAUAAUGUGAGUUCGUCAUUGCCCAAGGAGUUGUGUAGCCUGAAAGACCUCAUUUCUCUAGACUUAUGCUUCAAUGAGUUUCAGGGACCAAUUCCAAUUGGCCUUCUAAACAUGACUAGUCUUAGAGAUCUAGAUUUGUCCAAUAAUUCUUUCACUUCCUUGCCAAAUGGGUUGUUGUCUAGUCUUAGCCGUCUCAAGUCGGUCAUUCUCAGGGACAAUCUCUUGCAAGGUGUAAUCUCAGGAGCCAUAGGAAACUUGACUUCCCUCAUUAGCCUUGAUUUGUCUAACAAUUUUUUCACUUCAUUGCCGAAUGGGUGGUCUAGGCUUAACCGUCUCGAGUCGGUCUUUCUCGCGAACAAUCUCUUGCAAGGUGUAAUCUCAGGAGACAUAGGAAACUUGACUUCCCUCAUUAGCCUUGACAUGUCACACAAUCAACUUGAGGGUAAAAUAGCAACAUCAUUGGGAGAACUAUGCAAGUUGAAGGAAAUUGAUUUAUCAUAUAACAAAUUUGGAGAGGUAGCCGAAGUUUUCAAAAAUUUCUCCCAAUGCAUGUUAGAUGGAUUGGAGUCAAUGUCAUUAGUGAACAAUUAUCUUGGUGGUGAAUUGCCAAAUGAGCUUGACCAAUUCAAAAAUCUAGCCUUCCUUUUUCUUCGAAACAACUCCAUUUUUGGUCCCAUUCCGAAGUGCAUCAAAAGAUUAUCAUCCUUGACAGAUCUUUCAUAUAAUCAUUUGAAUGGACCUCUUCCUAAAACUCUUGGGCAACUUGCAAAGUUAGAAACUUUAGAUCUUUCAUAUAAUCAUUUGAAUGGAACUCUUCCUAAAAGUCUUGGGCAACUUAUGAUGUUAUGCUACUUAGAUGUAUCUCAUAAUUUGAUGAAGGGUGUUGUCUAUGAGAUUCACUUUGCCAAUCUCACAAGAUUAAGGUACUUAGAUGGAAGUAAGAACAAUUUAACUUUGAAAGUGCGUGAUGGUUGGAUCCCCACUUUUCAAGUUCAAUAUUUGAUGUUGGCCUCUUGGCAAUUAGGACUGCAAUUUCCAGAUUGGCUUCAAUACUGA